UUUUUUCUAGCGCCGUCAAAAUGGGUCGGGCCAGCGUUAGGCGCACGCGCCGACCCAAACGUGAAAGCGGACGUCUAUGUCCGCCUGGCCGACUCAAACGGACAAAAAAGACAAAAUCGCCGUCCGUUUGGGUCGGCCGUUGGAGUUGCUAACUGGGCAAAUUCGUCGUGCAUGCUUGAUCAAUGGUCGCGUCAUGUGAGCUCAGCUGAAAUGCUCCCCCUCGUAGUCGGCGGCCACUCAGGACGCCUUUGCCCCGGCUCCUCGACCCCAAGAAGGAUGGCAGCUUCAGCUCAUGGUCAACGCUCUGGACGUACGUACAUAUAGUACAUGUUAAACCCAUCCGUACUCCUCCAUCUCUCCCAGUCCCAGCCCCGUCCAUCAAACCGCCGCUACCUUCUCUGACCCACGCCAGCUGCGAGUUGGAGCCUAGUUUCGACGGCGAUGGCACGGUCAGAGCUGGUCAUGGCGUUGCUGGUGGUGGUCCUCGCCGCCGUCUGCUGCGCGUCGGCGGGCGCCGUGGCGUACCUCUCCAAGCUGCCUGUGACCCUCGACGUCACCGCAUCCCCCAGUCCCGGCCAAGGUGCCACCAUCAUCUCGUACGUAUAUGCAUUGUUUUUGACCCGGAUGAAAAAAUAUUCGAAUUCAAAAUCAAAUCAAAAUUAUGCGCCGUUGAGCCAGAGGGAGCACGAGUCGCGCAAGACCCACGAAAACCUCGACAAGGACAAGACCUGCCAGUACAAGGUCACCGAGCAGCCCUACACCGGCGCCGGCGGCAAGGUCGAGUACCGCGUCGCCCUCGACAUCCCCACCGCCACCUACUACGUGCGCGCCUACGCGCUCGACGCCUCCGGCACGCAGGUCGCCUACGGCCAGACACUGCGCACCGCUACCUUCAACAUCGUCAGUAUCAGAGGCAUCAACACCUCCAUCAAGGUCGCCUCCGGCGUUUUCUCCACCUUCUCUGCCGUCUCCCUCGUCUUCUUCUUCUUCAUUCUCUAA